AUGCCGCCAUCAAGGCCGCUACUUCAUAGCCGUCGAUUACUGCCACAGAAUAAGUCGAAGUCUCGCGGCUUCGUUUCAGGUCCAACCAACAUAGGCUAUGUGAGAUUGAUCAAACGGCCGUGGUCCAGAGCGUUGAUUCCGCAUAUAUUGUUCGCUGGCACCGCCCUCUAUAUCUGGCAGUCGAUUUUUCUGGCGCACAAUGAUAACAGCAAUGUAAAGUCGCGGAAAUCUUCUGAGAAACGUCCUACGCAGGAGAAAACAGUCCGGGGCCCUUCAAGACCUGUUUUCAUACCGACUGGCUGGGCACGGUUACAGGAAGGCAAGUUAUACGCAGCCUCGGAUCCCGAGUGGAAGGAAUUUGCCAAGAUCUCCAAAGAUGAUGGAAAGCUCCGAGCGCUCAAAGAUGAGUUGAUAUCUGUUGCCCUGAAUGAGGCAUCGCGAUCAAUUUCACUCUCGCGCAUGCUCGGAGCGCCUUUUACGAUAGAAGGGCAAUGGCUACAACCGCAGUUCCCUUCUCGAGCCAAAGCCGCUUACUUUCAGUCAGGAUUAUUAUUUACCGACACCGCGGUCGCCUGGGUUUCGAAGCCCGUCUCAACAGUACGGGCGUCUUACGUGGCCCUGGCCGCCCUUGAUGCGUAUUCAGUCCUCUGGGGGAGAUUUCAUGGCCAAUUUAGCGCUAAGAGCUCGGUUGCUGAUCGAGCGUUGGGAUUGUCAGACUAUCCCAGGACAAUAUUACCUUCGGACUUCAAAACACUGGAUAAGCUGGGUGAUGCAUCGCGACCAGAACCACCGAACAGGCCAAACCGAGAUGAUGGCACGCAGCUACAAUCUUCAUUCCUUUUAUCUACGCUACGGUGGCUACCUCUGCCAAAGUUCAGCCCUGGUUCGGAUUUUCACGCAGCUUCGCUGGCGUUCAAGGCUAAAAUAAACCAAUGCCUAGAAAUGAACUCGCGUGCUCAUCGCCAGGGAACGUUCUCCAUUCGUGGGCCUGUGGGCCUAAGGGGCUCACUCGGUUUCUGCAGGGUCGAGGUGGAUGCCGAGUACGACCCAGUGGCCUCGGAGUGGGUAUCUGUCACUAUGCACCUCAAAGACGUGUUUUUCUUCCAACAACAGCCUCUUGGGGGUAAAUGA